CCAAGUCCUCGUCACCUUCUCGCUUAUAACUUGCUUCCUUUCUCUCUCUAGAAAUCCUCUAUUUUUUCUCUCUAAGGUUUUUCACCACACUGAACCCAAAGAAACAAUUGCAGUCGUCAUCCAACAAUGGUUGACAAAUCGAAGAAGCGAAAGAAGGUGACCAUAACUGAAGACAACAUGUCCACCCUCUUACGGAGGUACUCCGUGAGCACGGUGCUCGCGUUGCUGCAAGAAGUUUCUCAGGCGGCCGGAGAGAAGAUCAAUUGGGCUGAAAUGGUUAAGAACACAACCACCGGAAUUUGCAGUGCGAGGGAGUACCAAAUGCUGUGGCGCCAUCUCGCCUACGGCGAAACCCUAGAUCAAAUUGAGCCUGACUCAAAUCCUAUGGACGAUGAUAGUGAUUUGGAAUACGAGCUGGAAGCUUUUCCUGCUGCAGGACGUGAAGCUUCAGUGGAGGCUGCAGCAUGUGUUAAAGUUUUAAUUGCUUCUGGAUGCACAAAUGAUUCGAAUCUUCCAAACAACUCAACCGUUUCAACAAUUGAGGGACCAUUGACCAUUAAUAUACCAAACAGCAAGGCUUUGUCCAUGCCUUCAGAUAGUUCACCUUUUACCAGUGGUAGGCAGGGGACAAACAUUACGAUUCCUGUUUCUUUACAAAAGGUGCCAUCAUCUUCAGGGUUAUCUGGUGAAAAAAGGCCUGGUACUGAGGCAUCAGGAGUUAAUUUACCUCGAAGGAAAAGAAGGGGUUGGUCUGUGGAAGAGGAUCAGAAACUCACAGCUGCUGUGAAAAACAUUGUUGAACCAAAUUGGGCUCUUAUUGCCAGCAAGGAUUUCAACAACGACAGAAAACCAUCAGAGUUAUCUCAGAGGUGGGCCAAUCUCAAGAAAAAGCAGGCUAACCUAAAAUCGGGUACCACUUCACUUGUUCCUGAAACUCAACUGGCUGCUGCACAUCGAGCCAUGUCCCUAGCACUAGAUAUGCCAAUGGGUGACAAUUUGAAAGCAACUUCAGCCGGAAUGAAAUCCCAGCACCAACCUCGAAAAUCCUCCGUGCUGCCCGAUCAGCCAUUGGGAAGAGGAGGAGGAAGUGGGCCUCCGAAACCUCAGGCACCGCCUAAACGACCUCCCACAAACCCGACCCCCACACCUGACUCAAUGGUCAAAGCUGCUGCAGUCGCUGCCGGGGCCCGCAUAGCCUCCGCAUCAGAUGCCUCUUCCCUACUUGAGGCUGCGCGCUCUCAAAAUGUCGUCCAUAUCACGACUGGCGGCGGGCCCAUGAUGAGAUCGGGCCCAGCGGGCCUCAGCAGCCAACUGCCGAGCAAUGUGCAUUUUAUCCGCAAUGGCCUGGUGAAGGCCCCGAUCUCUACGUAUUCGCCUGCUAAGCCUAGUGUUCCGCGCGCAGUCGAACAUCAGCAUGCGCAAAAAGAGGCUGCUCAUAGGAAUCAAGCUAGUCAGUCGGCUGGGUCGGGCAAUCGCGAAGUGGAAAAGCAAGUUCAAUCUGCCAGUAAUGAAGGUAAAGAUGAUGGGAUGGCUGUAGUGACCUCAGGAAAAGAGGAUAAUGGUGAGUUGAAAUGCUGAUCUAGUUAGUUAAUACAGAGGGAUAAACAUGGAAACUGCUCUUGAGGUUUGUUUGCUAUGUGAAAUAAUACAUACAAAACGGGUAAAGUUAGAAAUUUGCGAAAAAAUGAUCUAGGUUUUGUUAUGUUUAACGUUUUACCCUUGCCAUUAGUUAGUUGGCUUGAAAAGAUUUGCUUGUUGCCAACUUUUUAGAAUCCUACAAAUGGCAUCGACUUUGAACUUGGAUAUGUGGUGUGUUUAGAUAAAAGUGAGGAUGUAAGUGUGAAUUGUGAGACGAAACGUUUGGAUUGUUUGAAAUGUGUAGAAAAGUUUAUGGAUGUUAAUUUGCAAAUAUUUUUAUGACGUUAGCGAAGCUUUCGUUGCCCUUAAUUCUGCUAAUGACAUCUACAACAUAUAAGACAUAUGUAACUUCAAGCGUAGUCAUUGAAAUUCAUUUUCUUGGCAGUUUGGGCCAACCCCAAAGGGUAGCUUUUGUAGCUAUCGGUAAGAGUUGGUGAUGACAGUGAUUGGUAUUGCAGGUGAAAAGAUCACUGAGAACAAAUGUACAAGCUGAGGGAUUAAUGAGAAUCAUGGUCCAAAAGGAUGUGGGCCUGGCCUGAAGGUUUACUUCAGCAGAAAUAUGGAUGUGGUAUGAAAAAAGUGAAGUAAUGCUGAAGUUUGGCUGCUGGAGAUGGGGAAAAAACAAUUCCCGUGUAUGAAUAUCAGUUGUUUAACUUUAGUUUGGCAUGCAAUGAGUUAUUAUUUGAUCUGUACAUAAUUGUGGAUGAAGCUUGUUAUAGUUCUCAUGUCUGGAUGUAGCGAUAGCUUGUUCAUUUCGUGCAGCUUCUUGAAAUUCAUUUACUUGCAGUUAGGAUUGAGAAGCCAACAUAUGGGAUGGGAUACUGAUGACAAAAAAACCCAACUAAUAGCAAAAGAACCAAUGAUAUUGUUUUGUACAAUACUGGCUUGUGAGGAACCUCGGUCAGUUCGUAUAUGGUUGCUAAUAGUCUAAUACGUAUGUUGGAUUGUACACAUCCUUACGGUUUUGUUUGUGGCAGGUGUAGUGAAUUGUAGAAGCUACAAUGAAGUUAUGUGAACUAUUUAUUAAUAAUAUAUUACUUACUAAAAUCAUGAUCUUUUCUGUAAGAUGAAAAAAAUGUUUAUUUUUGGGAUCUUGCAUCUGGCUAGCCGAUCUAGCUUUGGAUUGGGUUUUUAGAUUUGAGGGCUUUGGAUCUACGGUUUUCAUUUUGUCAUAUGGUGCGAGGAGUGGUUUUUUGUGUUGGGUUGGG